AUGUCUCGACGUGGCUUCCCGGUGCACCGCGAGCGUUCCCCCGAGAACGUGGAGGAGCGAAGCAGUCGUCCCAGGACGGAGAACCGAACGCCUGUCACUGAGCUCGGCGUCCCACCGUUGCAGAGUGUGGAUGAAAUCUCGGAAGAGGCGCUUUACGCCGCGAUUUGCCCCAGCGACGGGGAACCACUGCCCCCUGGAUGGGAAAAAGUUGUGUACCACGGCACUGUUGUUUAUCUCGACCAUGUGGCGCGUGAGGCGCAUGAAGUACGGCCAUGGGAGGUGUGGCAGCGGCGCUCAGAGGCGGCGCGCUAG